AUGGUCAGAAACCCUCGGAUCAACUCUGCCUUAGUCUCUGCCAUUCGUUUGGCCAAAGCUCCUAAACCUGCUGCUGCUGGUGCUCCAAAGGUUCAUCAUUUCGUAAGAAAUGAAGACCGGCCUGACAAAGCUUUCAGAACCGAGCGCGCUGUGAGAAAUAGGAUUUCAAAUGCUUCAUGCGGCAAGAUAUUUGUGACAAUACCAUCCGAUCACUUUGGUCCUAUACCAGCUGAGAAUGAUCCCAGAAGAAACCAAGGUGUUUUAGUUGGCGAAACCUGGAACAAUAGGUUGGACUGUAAACAGUGGGGGGCUCACUCUGAGCACAUAGCUGGAAUUGCUGGACAGUCAAAGUAUGGAGCUCAGUUUGUGGCACUCUCUAGAGGUUAUGAGGACGACGAGGAUCAUGGAGAAUGGUUUCUAUACACAGGAAGUGGAGGAAGAGAUUUGAGCGGCAACAAAAGGACUAACAAGGAGCAAACGUUUGACCAGAAGUUUGCAAACGCAAAUGAAGCUUUAAGAUUAAGUUGCAAAAUGGGUUAUCCUGUUCGUGUUGUCAGGUCUGAAAAGAAGUGUACUGCAUAUGCCUCUGCGAAAGGAGUAAGAUAUGAUGGAGUUUACAGGAUUGAGAAGUGCUGGCGAAAAGUUGGAAAACAGGGUGUUUUUAAGAUGUGUCGUUACCUGUUUGUGAGAUGUGACAAUGAGGCAGCUCCAUGGACCAGUGAUGAGCAUGGAGAUCGUCCAAGAUCUUUGCCUAAUAUUCCAGAGCUUGAGAUGGCAACAGACUUGUUUGAGAGAAAGGAAAAUCCAUCAUGGGAUUUUGAUGAAAGUGAUGGUCGUUGGAAAUGGAUGAAGCCUCCACCAGCUAGCCAAAAGGCACUUAAUGCUUUGGACCCUAAUGAGAGAAAAAGUGUGAGGAAAGCCAGAAGUUCAACACAGACCGUGAGAGAGAAACUUCUAAAAGAAUUUAGCUGCCAAAUCUGUAGGCAAGUGAUGAGUCUUCCUGUGACAACGCCUUGUGCUCACAACUUCUGCAAGCCAUGCAUAGAAGGCAGAUUUGUUGGGCAAACUGUAAUGACAGAAAGAAGCAAAGGUGGACGCACCCUUCGUGCAAGGAAGACCAUCAUGAACUGUCCUUGUUGUCCCACUGACAUUUCUGACUUUCUCCAAAACCCUCAGGUGAAUAGAGAUAUAAUGGCGGUGAUAGAGAAGCUGGCGGUGAAGAACAAGGAGAGGAAAAAGCAGAGCUUGUUGAUGCAUCAGAUGAAGAAGGUGCAAGCACAAGUGUAG